UUUGGAUAAUAUAGAGUUACAUUUGUUUAUAUAUCUAUAUAGAAAUAAAGGAGAGAGAGGUCUAAUUUGGUUUGUGGUUUAUAAUUAGAUAGGGAUAUGGGGAGGGGAAGAGUGGAGCUGAAGAGGAUAGAGAACAAGAUAAACAGGCAGGUUACUUUUGCAAAGAGGAGGAAUGGGUUGCUGAAGAAAGCCUAUGAACUCUCUGUGCUCUGUGAUGCUGAGGUUGCUCUCAUCAUCUUCUCUAACCGUGGCAAGCUCUAUGAGUUCAGUAGCAUCUCUAACAUGCUCAAGACAUUGGACAGGUAUCAAAAGUGCAGCUAUGGAGCGGUGGAAGUCAACAAACCUGCCAAGGAGCUCGAGAGCAGCUACAGGGAGUACUUGAAAUUGAAAGCUAAAUUUGAGUCCCUGCAACGAACUCAGAGGAACCUUCUUGGGGAGGACUUGGGACCUCUGAACACCAAGGAGCUUGAGCAGAUUGAGCGUCAGUUAGAGUCAUCGCUGAAGCAAGUUCGGUCCACUAGGACCCAGUUUAUGCUUGACCAGCUUUCUGAUCUUCAAAACAAGGAACAAUUGCUGCUAGAAGCUAACAGAGCUUUGACAAUAAAGCUGGAUGAGAUAAGUGCAAGGAAUAGCCUUCGAUCAUCGUGGGAAGGCGGUGAGCAAAGUAUGUCAUAUGGACAGCAGCAUCCUCAAUCUCAGGAGCUAUUCCAGCCAUUAGAAUGCAAUCCCACAUUGCAAAUAGGCUACAACCCUGUAGGUACAGACCAGAUGAAUGCCACAACUCAUGCCCAGCAAGUCAAUGGGUUCAUCCCAGGAUGGAUGCUUUGAGUUUUGUGCAUGCUCUUUUGCUGCUUUAUUGCUCAUAAGACUUGGGUGAUAUGCUUUUGCUUUCUGGUUGUUUUGGCAAAUAUGUAAAUGAUUUCAAGGGCAUAUGCACUUUCCAUAUAUGAAACCUUUUAGCCAUGGAACCAAACAGGCAUGUAAGUUCAUAAAUGUUUGCUACAACUCCUGACUUAAUUAUCUCUUUCACCUGCUAA